CGGCUGCAGGGUGGGGGCGCCCGCAUGCGCACGGGGCCGGUGCGCGCGCUAUCCGCACCGCUAGCGUGUGGGAAGGCGGAAGUACACGGUGACUUCUGGGUGAGCCUUGUGUAAUUGGAUCUGGUUCUAGGAGUAUGGAGGAGGCCGAGCUCACUAUGGCAGCUGACGCUGGAGGCGUUUCUCCUGCAGUCCCGUCGCUGGUGGAUCGCUACUUCACCCGCUGGUACAAGGCUGAUGUUAAGGGAAAGCCGGGUGAGGAUCACUGUAUUUUGCAGCACUCUAACAGAAUUUGUGUAAUCACAUUGGCAGAAUCUCACCCACUUCUUCAAAAUGGAAAAACAAUUAAGAGUAUUAACUACCAAAUUAGUGCCAACUGUAGCCGACUUCAGAACAAAGUUUCUGGGAAGUUUAAGCGGGGGGCACAAUUUCUAACAGAACUUGCACCUCUUUGUAGGAUAUCCUGUUCAGAUGGAGAAGAAUAUACUGUGUCAAGCUGUGUAAGAGGACGGUUGAUGGAAGUAAAUGAAAAUAUUCUAGAUAAGCCAUCCAUUUUGCAGGAAAAGCCAUCCACUGAGGGAUAUAUUGCUGUUGUGCUGCCCAAAUUUGAAGAAAGCAAGAGCAUUACUGAGGGAUUGUUGACACAAAAAGAAUAUGAAGAAAUUGUCAUGAAACGAAUUAAUAACAAAUCAGAAACCUCUUGAAGACAAAUGAAAUCAAAAGAAACACAUCUAUAUCUGUUAAAGUAACAACUGUGGUAGAGUACAUGACUGAACAAGAAAGUAUUGACAGGAAUAACCCUCUUUUGACUGUGGGAUGGCUCUGCUUCAGUUCCUGGCCAUUUCAGUAUUGGUGAACUUUGCUGGUCCAUCUUUGAUAUAUAAUGCUUAGCUCAUCUCCCCUCCUCCCUCUCCCAAGAUGUUCUCUGCCCGGGUAUGCUCCGUUUCUCCCUAGCUCUUCUCAUUUACUUAAACACAACAUAAACAAUGGGGAAGCUGCAAAUAUUUCCCCCCAAAUAUUUUGUUCUUAUUUGGGGUUCGCUUUGGUGGAACAAAAGACCCUUUUAGGCCUCUUCUUUUACCAAUUUCAUGAGAACAUUUAUAUAAGGUAGUAUACUUUGCCCAAGGACACUUUUUGACUUCCUGAGGAGUAGAGAUUGAAAGUGAGAGGAGGCAGAAACUAGGCCCAUGUUGGUGAACCUAUGGAACGUGUGCUGGAGGGGGCUGCUCCCUUCUCUCUCCACCAUACUUGAGGACGUUUUUCAUAUCACCCACCUCUCUGCCCAGCAGUCCAAUGGGAGCACUUUCUCCCUCCUGUCUGGGGUAAGGGGGUGACUCACAUGUGGCAUGAGGGUGCAGUUUGGGCACUCGGUCUAUAAAAGGUUCACAAUCACUGAACGAGGCUGUCUUAUCUUCAUUUAUUUUUUUUUGUUCAGACCUGUUAUUUCAUCAGUGUGAGAAGCUCUUGGUAAGGAUCUUCUAAGAAAGCCACUUGGGGUUCCAAGAGAUUUUAAGAUUCCUUCCCAAGGGAAAAUUGUAUCAGAGACAGGACUUGAACUCUGGUCUUCCUGCUCCACGACUAACUCUUUGUUCAACAUGCUGUUUCCUUUGUCAUCUGAUCUUCAUUAAAGUUUUUUGUACCUCCUUC